AUGUUUGAAUUAAAUGUAAUAGAAAAAGAACAUAAUUUGGAAUGUAAGUCAUAAAAUUUGCCAAAAGGUUGUGAAAAUAUCUCUAAAAAUAAUAACAAGUUCAAUACUCGUUAUGGAAAAAAAUAACUAAAAGUUGUAGGAUCACUGGCAAAUCUUUGUUUGAAAUGUAAGUUGUAUAAAUAAUUAGAAAAGACAUAAAAUAAUUAAAAUCACUCCUUUAACAAUAUAAAGUUUAUUCAUUAUUAGCAAGAUAAAACUUUGUAUAAAGACAUAAACCAUUUCUUAAUCCAAAAACGUAAUAAAAAAAUUAUAAAAAUAUAAAUAAGUAAAGUAUAAAAAAAUGGCUAAACCCAGAAUUUCUUGCUGAUUCAAUAAAAUAUAGAAAAAAAAUUGAUUUUAAAUGAGGAUUUUAAAUUGUACUUUAAUAAAGGUAAAAACAAAUAAAAUAUUAAAAAUAGCUGAUACAUUAUGUAACUUAAAUAGAAUUGAAGAAGCUUUAUAAUAUUAUGAUUAUGCAAUUUAAAAAAAUCCUGAAGAUUUUAAAUUAUACUUAAAUAAAGGUAAAAACCAAAAAAAUAUUAAAUAUAGCUGAUACAUUAUAUAACUUAAAUAGAUUUGAAGAAGCUUUAUAAUAUUAUGAUUAUGCAAUUUAAAAAAAUCCUGAAUAUUCAGACUUGUAUAAUGGAAAAGGUAAACACCAAUAAAAUAUUAAAUAUAGCUGAUACAUUAGAUAAAUUAAAUAGAUUUGAAGAAGCUUUAUAAUAAUAUGACUAUGCAAUUUAAAAAAAUCCUGAAGAUUCAGACUUGUAUAAUGGAAAAGGUAAACACCAAUAAAAUAUUAUAUAUAGCUGAUACAUUAAAUAAAUUAAAUAGAUUUGAAGAAGCUUUAUAAUAUAAUGAUUAUGCAAUUUAAAAAAAUCCUGAAGAUUUUAAAUUAUACUUUAAUAAAGGUAAAAACCAAAAAAAUAUUAAAUAAAGCUGAUAUAUUAUAUAACUUAAAUAGAUUUGAAGAAGCUUUAUAAUAUUAUGACUAUGCAAUUUAAAAAAAUCCUGAAGAUUCAGAUUUGUAUAAUGGAAAAGGUAAACACCAAAAAAAUAUUAAAUAUAGCUGAUACAUUAAAUAAAUUAAAUAGAUUUGAAGAAGCUUUAUAAUAUUAUGACUAUGCAAUUUAAAAAAAUCCUGAAGAUUCAGAUUUGUAUAAUGGAAAAGGUAAACACCAAAAAAAUAUUAAAUAUAGCUGAUACAUUAAAUAAAUUAAAUAGAUUUGAAGAAGCUUUAUAAUAUUAUGACUAUGCAAUUUAAAAAAAUCCUGAAGAUUCAGAUUUGUAUAAUGGAAAAGGUAAACACCAAAAAAAUAUUAAAUAUAGCUGAUACAUUAAAUAAAUUAAAUAGAUUUGAAGAAGCUUUAUAAUAUUAUGACUAUGCAAUUUAAAAAAAUCCUGAAGAUUCAGAUUUGUAUAAUGGAAAAGGUAAACACCAAAAAAAUAUUAAAUAUAGCUGAUACAUUAAAUAAAUUAAAUAGAUUUGAAGAAGCUUUAUAAUAUUAUGACUAUGCAAUUUAAAAAAAUCCUGAAGAUUCAGAUUUGUAUAAUGGAAAAGGUAAACACCAAAAAAAUAUUAAAUAUAGCUGAUACAUUAAAUAAAUUAAAUAGAUUUGAAGAAGCUUUAUAAUAUUAUGACUAUGCAAUUUAAAAAAAUCCUGAAGAUUCAGAUUUGUAUAAUGGAAAAGGUAAACACCAAAAAAAUAUUAAAUAUAGCUGAUACAUUAAAUAAAUUAAAUAGAUUUGAAGAAGCUUUAUAAUAUUAUGACUAUGCAAUUUAAAAAAAUCCUGAAGAUUCAGAUUUGUAUAAUGGAAAAGGUAAACACCAAAAAAAUAUUAAAUAUAGCUGAUACAUUAAAUAAAUUAAAUAGAUUUGAAGAAGCUUUAUAAUAGUCUGAUUAUGCAAUUUAAAAAAAUCCUGAAGAUUUUAAAUUGUACUUUAAUAAAGGUAUUUACAAAUAAAAUAUUAUAUAUAGCAAAUUCUUUGUAAAAAUUACAUAGAUUUGAAGAAGCUUUAUAAUAUUAUGAUUAUGCAAUUUAAAAAAAUCCUGAAGAUUCAGACUUGUAUAAUGGAAAAGGUAAACACCAAUAAAAUAUUAUAUAUAGCUGAUACAUUAAAUAAAUUAAAUAGAUUUGAAGAAGCUUUAUAAUAUUAUGAUUAUGCAAUUUAAAAAAAUCCUGAAGAUUUUAAAUUGUACUUUAAUAAAGGUAUUUACAAAUAAAAUAUUAACUAUAGCUAAUAUAUUAGAUAAAUUAAAUAGAUUUGAAGAAGCUUUAUAAUAUUAUGAUAAUGCAAUAUAAAUUAAUCCUGAAGAUUCACGUUUGUUUAAUGGUAAAGGUAAAAACAAAUAUAAUGUUAAAUAUAGCUAAUACAUUAAAUAAAUUAAAUAGAUUUGAAGAAGCUUUAUAAUAUUCUGAUUAUGCAAUUUAAAAAAAUCCUGAAGAUUCAAACUUUUAUAUUGGAAAAGGUAAAAACAAACAUAAUAUAAAAUAUAGCUAAUACAUUAGAUAAAUUAAAUAGAUUUGAAGAAGCUUUAUAAUAGUCUGAUUAUGCAAUUUAAAAAAAUCCUGAAGAUUUUAAAUUGUACUAUAAUAAAGGUAUUUACAAAUAAAAUAUUAUAUAUAGCAAAUUCUUUGUAUAAAUUACAUAGAUUUGAAGAAGCUUUAUAAUAUUAUGAUUAUUCAAUAUAAAUUAAUCCUGAAGAUUCACGUUUGUUUAAUGGUAAAGGUAAAAACAAAUAUAAUAUUAAAUAUAGCUAAUACAUUAGAUAAAUUAAAUAGAUUUGAAGAAUCUUUAUAAUAUUAUGAUUAUGCAAUAUAAAUUAAUCCUGAAAAUUCAAGUUUGUUUAAUGGUAAAGGUAAAAACAAAUAUAAUAUUCAAUAUAGCUAAUACAUUAGAUAAAUUAAAUAGAUUUGAAGAAGCUUUAUAAUAUUAUGAUUAUGCAAUUCAAAAAAAUCCUGAAGAUUUUAAAUUGUACUUUAAUAAAGGUAUUAACAAAUAAAAUAUUAUAUAUAGCAAAUUCUUUGUAAAAAUUACAUCAAUUUGAAGAAGCUUUAUAAUAUUAUGAUUAUGCAAUUUAAAAAAAUUCUGAAGAUUCAAACUUAUAUAAUGCGAAAGGUAAUAACAAAUAAAAUAUUACAUAUAGCUUAUGUAUUAAAUAAAUUAAAUAAAUUUGAAGAAGCUUUAGAAUAAUAUGACUAUGCAAUUUAAAAAAAUCCUGAAGAUUCAGACUUGUAUAUUGGAAAAGGUAAAAACCAAUAACAUAUAAAAUAUAGCUGAUACAUUAGAUAAAUUAAAUAGAUUUGAAGAAGCUUUAUAAUAUUAUGAUUAUGCAAUUCAAAAAAAUCCUGGAGAUUCAGACUUGUAUAAUGGAAAAGGUAAACACCAAUAAAAUAUUAAUUAUAGCUAAUGAAUUAUAUACCUUAAAUAAAUUUUAAGAAGCUUUAUAAUAUUAUGAUUAUGCAAUUUAAAAAAAUCCUGAAGAUUUUAAAUUGUAUUUUAAUAAAGGUAAUUAAAUAUAAAAUAUUAAAUACAGCAGAUUCUUUGACAAAAUUAAAUAGAUUUGAAGAAGCUUUAUAAUAUUAUGACUAUGCAAUUUAAAAAAAUCCUGUAGAUUUUAAAUUGUACUUUAAUAAAGGUAAAAUCAAAUACAAUAUUUAAUAUAGCUAAUACAUUAUGUAACUUAAAUAGAUUUGAAGAAGCUUUACAAUAGUAUGAUUAUGCAAUUUAAAAAAAUCCUGAAAAUUCAAUAUUAUAUAAUGGAAAAGGUAAAAACCAAUAAAAUAUUAAAUAUAGCUGAUACAUUAUAUAACUUAAAUAGAUUUGAAGAAGCUUUAUAAUAUUAUGAUUAUGCAAUUCAAAAAAAUCCUGAAGAUUCAGACUUGUAUAAUGGAAAAGGUAAACACCAAUAAAAUAUUAAUUAUAGCUAAUACAUUAUAUAACUUAAAUAGAUAUGAAGAAGCUUAUUAAUGUUAUGAUUAUGCAAUUUAAAAAAAUCCUGAAGAUUUUAAAUUGCACUUUAAUUAAGGUAUAUAAAAUAAAAUAUUUAAUAAAGCAAUUUCUUUGAAAAAAUUAAAUCAAUUUGAAGUAUCUUUAUAAUAUAAUUUUUAUCCUAUUUAAAAAAAUCCUUAAGAUCUGUACUAUAAUGAAGGUAAAAUACAAUUAUCAUAUUAAAUAUAGCAAAUUUUUUGUAAAACGUAAAUAAAUUUGAAAAAGCUUAAUAAUAUUAUGAUUAUACAUUUUAAAAAAUGUUUAAAGCAUUACAAUAUUAAUUUUAUUAACAAUAAUUAAAUAACACUAAUUAGAAAUCACCUCAAUUAUAAUGA